AUGCCCCGCGCCAUUGAGCCACCCUCAUCGAUCGACGUCCACGGUUUCCGUGACUUCGUCCCAGACGAGGACGCUGCCAACUUCAAUUCGGCACUUUGGGAGACGAUCGACCAGGACGCCUUCAUCCGUGCGCAGCAGGAGGCUAUCGAGGCCUUCAACAUCGCCAAGGCCCUCAAAGUUUCUCAGAAGACGGCCGCGCAGGAGCAGCAGAUGCGGAACGCCGCCGCGACUGAUACGCCCGUCGCAGUGGCGUCAUUGUCUACCUCCGCCUCAACUUCUGCGGCAACGACGAAGCCCGUGACGACCUCCACGACAGCCUCAAUGACGACAAGGACGAGUCCGGCAGCACCCGCACAUCAGAUAUGGCUCCCAGAAAGCAUGAACGCCACUGGUACAGCCCAGGCGGCGUCAUCGUCCGCGAGCGGGAACACCCGGGCCGCUCAAUCCCAACCGUUAUCGAUCAAAAAAGACGCGACCUCCUCCGAUGAGGCCGCUGCAAGGUCCCUCGCGCGCUCUUGGCAGGUAGAGGCCAUUCAGCCCGCCCUGCUCCUCGAAGCCAGAGCCGCGACGGCAUCUACGAAACCAUCCACGUCCACAGCAUCCUCUUCACCUCCAGCAUCCACUUCCACCUCCGCAUCCAUGUCGAAUUCUGUACUACAAGACAAAAGAGCGCCAGCGUCGGCCUCAAAAUCGCCUUCUCAGAAUGCCAACCUAUCAUUAUCAACUUCUUCGGCUUCAGCAUCUGCAUCAGCUUCCACUUCAUCUCACGCUCAAGGCGCAUCGGAAUCAUCAUACCAUUCACGCACUUCCUCUUCGCAUUCUCAGUCGCACGUUAAUUCUACUUCAGCAUCGCAAGCACAUCGCAGCGCCCUCUCGAAGAGGGAUCCCAGCACGGAGGCGCGUGGGCCUACAGCGGCGACCACUGCUGCCCCGUCUGCUAGCUCUUCGGCUCGGGCCCAGUCUUCUACUUCCACACCUCCAGAUGCCUCAAAGAACGCCUCCCAGCAAAGGCGUCGAGGAGAGCGCAAGAUGUCGUUCUCCGUCUCCAGUUCCGCUUCUUCUGCAGCUACCCAAACCCAAGGACCACCGACCGCGCAAACAUCCCAUUUUUCUACUUCGCAACACGCAUAUACCUCUGUUUCUCCAUCAGCCUCUGUUACUCCGUCUGUUUCUACUUCUACUUCUACAGCUACGACCACGAAUACCUACCAACAACCUAAUACGUCUGCGAGUUACGGGCAGGGCCAUAAGGGCUCCAGCUCGGGCAGCAGCUCUUCAGCAAACGCGCAGGUGGCACCGUCUGCAGCAAUCCAACCGACCUCAGCCUCGACGGCACCGGCGGUAGCGAGACCGCCACGCAAGAUGUCCUCCGCUGCGCGAGACGGCGGCAGGCCCGCUCUGGUCGGUAAAGAAAAGGAGAAGGAAGUCCCGGCUUCAACUUCUACCCCAUCGUCAGCGUUGACUUCGGUUUCAGCGUCGGCUUCUGCCUCUCAGCAACGUCCUCGUCGACGAUCGGCACCUGAGACGGGUCAGGAGGCCGAGCAGCAGCAACAGGGAUCUAGGAAGGAGAGGAAGGAGAAGGAGAAGGAAGCGAAGAGGGAGGAGCAUCCGUUCGAUGUCUUCACGGCGACGCGUCCGUGUGCGAAGUGUGGGAUGGACGUCGAGUCGCCAAAGGGUGCUAUUACUGCUACACCCGACCCGUUUUCUCUCCCUUUCGCCGACCGCCUGCAUCUGACAUGCACAGGAUGCGGUACCGUACAUUGUCGAGGGUGCUUCAAGGUCGUUCAGUGCAGCUCUUCUGGCUCUGGCUUCUCGACCGCCUCUGGCGCUGCACGUGCCCACUCCCACUCUCAGUCCGCAUCGAAUGCUCUGGCGUUAACGGUGAUUAGCAAGACGAACUCAUCAACGACCUCCAGCAAGACUUCAUCCUCGGCGAAGACGCAAAAAGUACAGCAACCAUGUUCCGGCGGGCCGGGGUGUGCUGUUCGUACAUGCUGCCUGGGCAUCCGUACCGUCGCGAUCUUCGAGGCUCUGGCGAGCUUUGACGAAAUUUUCGCGCUUGAGGCGGGUUUCAUUCAUACUCAGGGCAAGAGCGGCAAGGACAAGAGCAAGAACAACGAGAGCACCAAAGCAGCUCGACAGGCGUACGUCAAGCUCCUGAUCUCCAAGGCCGACAAGAGCAUGAGGCGUUUUGAGGACGCCUUCGUACGGACGCUCAAGAUCUUGUGCAGCUGGCUGCGCCCGCCCAUUCCAGCGCAGGCUUACCCCUCCUCAUGGCCAUCGACGACGUCCUCUACACCUUUCCACCCCGCCACCUCUUCCUCGUCAUCAUCUUCGUCCACCUUCCUCGACCUCCUCCCUCCGAACGUUGCACACCUCUUCCACGCGUCCUACCUUCCCGAGGUCCUCCACGCCUUCCUUUCCAACAUGAAUGUGCGCGACUGGAUCGCCCACGCCGAGACGUACUUCUCCGUGAUCGAGGUCGUGCGCCGUCUCUCAGACGCCGGGCUCGCGCCGACCCUCCUCGCCCUGCCGAUGAGGCGCGUCGAGCGCGGGGCGGGUCUCGGUGGGUGGGUCUGGGGUGUGCGUGGCAUCGAGUGGGAGGUGCUGGAGGAUGAACGGGAGAGGGAGAGGGCGGAUGAGGCGAGGGGUCCGCCGUAUCUGAGUGCCCAGGAGAGAGCAGAGAAGGCAGCGGAGAGGGCACAGGAGAGGGCCCCGCUGAGCGAGCUGGUAAAGCAGCUGGAGCGACACCGUAGUCCGCUGAUGGCGCUUGCGGAGAAGGUCCAGUUCGCGGGGACGGUGGAGAAGGUGAACUUGCUGUGUGACGGGAUCUCGUAUCUGUUGUUGCAGCAGGUCGUUGGGGGGUUGUGA